AUGUCUCUGAACAUCACUAUGGCUGGUAAACCUCUAAUUGAACCUGUGCGCAUCUUGCGACACGCUGGGCGUGUAACACUUGGUUCCAACGCGUCGAGUUUCAUACUUCAAAAUGACGGAGUCGAGUCAAUUCAAGCAGAGGUUGUAUUGGACUACCAGCAAUGUGAAGGAGGUCAACCAAUCUUCGAAAUCACGUCUGCUUCAGGACAUAGCUUAAUUGAAAUAGCUGUUGUGUACAGCGAGGGUAUUGAGGGCAUCGAUCAUGCCACAGGUGAUGGGCCCUUCUUCCUCUUUUCCAAUGCUAUGGACACAUACCGCAGUACCACCCUCAAGGUCCCCGCAUCGACAACCUCGCAAACGGUCAGAGCUGUUUACGCUCAACGUUCGCAGAGAUAUCAGAAGAUCGUCCUAACCACCCCGAACUCAUCGAUUACGUUCUCAAGGAUCGCAUUCGAGCGCAUUCGACCCAGCGCCUCUGCAAAGUCUACAUUCACCUGCUCCAACUCGCUGCUGAACAGGAUUUGGCAAGAUGGCGUCAAGACCGUGGACAUGUGUACAGUCGCUAAGGGCGAGACGUCCUCUGCCUGGGAGGUUACAAAAGAAGGUACCAAAGUCCGUGGUCAGCAUUGGGCGCCGUGCCGACUAGGCACACGGUGGGCGGACAAGAAAGUGCGAUUCCAAGUUCAAAUCGGAAGCGGAGGCGUGAGCUGGGCCGUCCACAUGGUUGCCAAUGGCCUGAUCUUCUGCCUGGAUGCGACAGAAAGAGUUCUGUACGCAUGUGAAGGUCUCUCUACUGAGUCAACAGUCUUUCCCGUUGCAGAAAAAGGGCGGUGGUCAAUAGGUAACCUGAACUUAAAUGGCUGGCUUAACGUUGAAACAGUCACUCGCGGUAGCACAGUGACAGUCUCGGUACAAGGACGUCAAUUUCCUCUCAUUGAAAACCUCGACAUCAGACCUAUUCUCGGCGGAAGUGCUAACAACACCGGUUCCGUUGCGUUCGGUGGCCCUUGUCAGUGGAUUGGUCUAUAUCGCCAUCUCGAGGUGCACGACGCAGAAGGCAAAGCCCUCUACGAGAACGCCUUGUUACUUGACGAUAAAGAGCGAACAUUGGCUGACUUCCAAGUUGGAACCAAUGCGCUAGCUUGUACAAUAGAUGGUGCGAAAAGAGACAGAGCUUGCUUCGGUGGGGAUCUUUACGUUAUGGGGAGAUCGAUUGCUCACUCUACCAUGACUUUCGAAGCGAUUGCAGGUAGCAUCGAGUUGUUGACGAGUCACCAAACCAGCGAUGGAUACCUGGGGAAUCUGUGUCCGAUCCAGGCGCCUGUUCACGACAGCCAUGAGGAGCCUCCUACAUAUGCCUUCUACUCAUUGUCAUACGCAUUACUACUCGUUGUAGCCAUAAAAGACUAUUGGCUGCACACAGGCGACGAAAAGACACGGACGAGGUGUCUCCAGCCGUUGAAGAAGUUGAUGACAUACACCGAGCAGCAUGUCAGUCAGGGCGUCGUCAUCGCGCCUCCACCCUUGUCUAUAUUUGGUGCGUCAAGCGCGCUGAACAACGCAUACUACGAGGCGUUGCAGGCCAUGUCGAUCUUGUCGACGGAUGCAGCUACGACGGACAAGUAUCUGCUGCAAGCCCACAAACUUAAGGCCAACAUGCGGCGACACUUCUAUGACCCCUUCACCGGUAUUUACCACCUCGAUAAGAGCCUCCCAGCCAGUGGUAUCUGUCAAGAUGUCAAGGCUCACGCCAUAACUCUGGACCUACUUCCUCACCACACCGACGAUCUCGAGCACUUGACCGACCCAGCCUCCGAUUUACCUCGUGCCUUUCGCGGUCUUGGCCACUGGGACGUAGCAAACGUUACCAGUCCCUAUGCAACCGGUUUCGCAGUUGAGGCACUGUUCUCUCGAGAUCGGGGCACAGAGGCUGUCAAGCUCAUCGAGCGUGUUUGGGGUCCCAUGGCCGACACAACGAGCCCGGACUACUCUGGUGGACACUGGGAAGCUAUGAAGCCAGAUGGGACACCGCACGGUCAUGACACUUCGCUCAUGCAUGGUUGGUCGACAUGGCCAGUAUCUCUUCUUCCCAGAUACCUGGCUGGACUACAGCCAAUCGAGCCAGGAUGGAAAUCCUUCAGCAUUGCACCAGUCCUCACUGGCCUGACGGACAUCAAAUGCACCUUAGUGACUGUUGCUGGAACCGUUGGUGUGGAACUUGAGAUUGAUGAGGCGGACGGCCACGGUGCACUGAAGGUUCUGGCACCCUAUGGCGUACGUGCGCGACUGCAGUCACCCCAGGGUUGGGUCAUCCAGGGGCCAGAGGUUGUUGAGGGAACAGGUGUGUGGCAGAAGUUCUUCUUGUCCAAGGCCUCUGACGACAAAGACUUGGAUACGAAAGAGGCGGUUCCCCAAACAUUCGUCCUUCCCGAAUCACCCUCUCGCACAGGCGAGCGGCAAGAGAGUAGUCUACCCAGCAAGAUCCGCUCACUGCUAUCUCGCUUCACAGCAAUGCGUGCAUAA